UUUUUCCAAAUUAACAAACGAACUCGGCAUCUUCUUCUAUACCCUUUCGUUUUCUCCGAUUGAAAAACUUGAAGAAUGAGUUCAGAUCUAUGCUUUACUUCAAUCAAUUUCUCCUUUAUGAUACACUUUAAGCAUGUCAAUAUUUUGCUUUGUUUUCUUUGUUUCAAUCAUCCAUUGAUAGUUUUGUUUCGUUUUCUUUGUUUCAUCCCUAUUUAUACGAAGAUGCCUUUUCAUUUUAGAAACUCUCGCUUUUGUUGCUGUCAAAGAUAUUUAGUAUCAUGUUCUUCGUAUGAUGUUUAAGUGAUUAACCUCUUGCUUUUGUUACUGUCAAAGAUAUUUAGUAUCAAUAUUUCAAACGUUGUGUCUAUGAAUCCCAAGGUUGAGACCCCCAAGGUUAAAGUAGACAUGGAAGCAAAACUGCAAGCUUGGCUGGAAUCGAAAGGCAAGACGAAAAGCUCGCAUAGGAUGAUGGCUAUACGUUCUCCGCUGAUAGGUAAAAAUCAAAGUUGGGUCAAGAAACUCGGAGUUUAUAGAUCAGCCGUUGCAGAAAAUGCUAAACUUACUAGCAAAGGACAGAGGAACGCAUUUGUGAGCGCCAGGAACUUAUUUGGUGGAGAAACUCCUGAUGCUUCACAUUUAUGGGGGAUUGGAGAGAAGAUGGCUGAGUACAUGAUCGAACUCAGAGAAACAAGCCCUGUGAAAUCGGAGACCGUUAUUCAAGGCUUUGUCCCACCGGGAAGAAUCAAAAAAUUCAUGCCACAUAUGAGACAAGGCGGUCUCUACACUCUCACCAACUUCUACGGAUUCAGAAACAAAGAGGUGUUCCGGGUUGCUGCUCACAGCGUGACAAUCUCCUUCUCCCACACUUCCGAGUUGGCACCCCUUGAGAACAGUCCUGUGGACUUUGAGGAGGACCGUUUCCGGUUCCAUUCCUAUGAAGACUUCGAAGCUGGCUGUGAUAUGAAAGGUGAUCUUUACGAUGUUAUUGGACACUUGAAACUGGUUAACGGCUAGAGCCUCAAUAUGCAUCCCUUCAUUGACGAUGCCGAGCUCGCAACCACUCGGCGUAUAUUGGUGCAUGUGCAGUCGCAUG